AUGUUAGGUAAUAUAAAAGAGUUUAUUUCUGUCGUCCAAGAUGGAUUAGCUUCAAACAAUAACUUACGGCAAACUUUACAAGAAGUUCAAAAGGUUAAAAAUAUAUUUAGAGAUAAACAAAAAGUAGCUAGUGGAACAAGUGAUAGCAAAGUGAAUUACGGAGCUGGUAGUGUCUUAUUAGAGAAAUAUCAAACAGAAUGGGCCGAGCUACAUGAAAAUGCCGAUAAAAACGCGAAAGCAGCGGACGCUGUUGAUAAAAUUAUCAUAGAAUUACAUGAAACAACAAAUAGUAAAUUGCAAAAUGCCACUGAACUGGCACAAAAUUUAGCCUUACUACCAAGUUUAACGGUUUCAGUAGCACAAUGUGUAGAUAGCCUGAAAAAUAUACAAACACUCUUGAGAGAUGUUGAAAACCAACUCGUUGAGUUUGAAGAUAUUGUGGAAAGGAGUAAUAUGGAAAAAUGGAAACUCGACCAUCACUACCAUUUGACUUUGUAUAAAGAAAAGAAAAUGGCUGGUUUGGAAGAAAUAAGAAAUCAACUGGCCAGAGAGAACUUAGAACAGAGUAGUGAAAAAGAAAAGCAACAGUUGGCAGAAUUGCAAGCUAAGCAUGAACAUAGUGCUGUCGCUUUCCAAGUUGACAUGGCAAAGUACUUAAUAACUGGAAAUAUACCAAAUGCACCCAAACCGAAACCAAAAAUUACACUUGAAGAAAUUCAAUUAGAUGAUGAUCAAACGGAUCUUGAGAAAUUUCUAGAAAGCUGA